UACCAAAUAUUCCCUUGACUCGAUCUGUCUUUCAUCUUCUUCUUCGUCGUCAUCGUUUCCUCCUCUUCCGAUCGAACCAUCGCCGACGUAAACUCAAAUCACCGAUUCAACGAUGCAACAGGGAGAUUACAAUCCGUACUAUCACAACCAGUACUCUCAAUUUCAAAACCCUACCCCAAAUCCUAUUCCUAACCCCAAUCCCAAUCCCUCUCCGCCGGCGCCAAUAGCCGCUGCCCCCACCGAUCUUUCUCGGAACACGUACGCAUCAGCGCCACCGUUCACAGGCGGUUACGGUUCGAACGAUUACUCUAACUAUUCACAGAAUUACACUCCGUAUGGGCAAAACUCUUCUGAUCAUGUCCCUCCUUCAGCUCCUUCCUUCACUCCACCAUCACAACCGCCUCCUCCUUCUCCUCCGUCCGUAAACCCUAAUUCAUAUUCUAAUUUCAACCAACCGCCUCCGCCCACGAAUCAUCCACCACCUCUAUCAUCUUACGGAUCAUUUGAUUCUACCGCACCGUAUCAGCAAUCCACCACCACGCAACCGACGUAUUACUCACCGUAUGAUCAGCAUCAGACCACUGGCUAUUCUCAUGCGCCUCCUCCUUCAUCUGCGCCUGCGCCUUCUCCGAAUCCUAAUCCUGCGCCUUACUCAUCAUCCUUGUACUCUGCACCUCCUUACACUGGUGGAGGAUCAUCCGUACCUCCUUCGUACGAGAAACCGUACGACAAGCCUGUGAAGUUUGAUCAAUCUGGUUAUGGCGGUUACGAGCGGAGCAGAUCAGAUUUAGGAUCUGAUUUAUAUGGGAAACGAUCUGAUAGCGGAGGUUAUCCCUCUUUUGAUGAUUCUUCAUAUGGCGAUGGCGUAUAUGCUUAUGAAGGAGGCAAAGUUGAGCCAUACGGUUCUCGUGGAACUGCACCGAAAUCGUCCAAUUCGACAUUGUUCGAUGAUUAUGGACGAUCCAUUAGCUUCUCAUCAGGGAGAGAGUCCUCUGUUAGCUCGAAUUCUGCUAAGAUCGUGAGAGCUGUCCCCAAGGCUGAUGUACAGGAAGAUUCCACUGGUGGUGUUCAGAAGUUUCGUGUCAAAUUGUUGGCUGAGACUUACGGACAAACCACAACAGAUGUUCUUUGCCAGAUUGGUUUAGAUGGUCUCCGUAUGCUUGAUCCAAGUACUAGCCGAACUUUGAGGAUAUAUCCUCUUGAGAACAUCACAAGAUGUGAAAAACUAGAUUCUUCUAUUUUGGCUUUCUGGUCGAAGACUCCGGUAGACAUUGAUGCUAAACGUAUCAGACUGCAAUCAAAUAGUUACACCACCAACACCCUUCUGGACACAGUGACCGCUGCAAUGUUUCAGGCCAAGGAGAUUGGCGGAAGUAGCAGGCCUCCUGCCUCUGCAAAACUGGUUGAACAAUCUGCUGAGAAGAAAAAAGGAUUGGGUGAUUGGAUGAACAUUAUAAAGCCUGUAAACGAGGAGAAAGAUCAUUGGGUCCCUGAUGAAGCUGUAUCUAAGUGCACAUCAUGUGGGUCAGAUUUUGGUGCAUUUAUACGAAGGCACCACUGCAGGAACUGUGGUGACGUCUUCUGUGACAAGUGUACUCAAGGCAGGAUUGCUCUCACUGCUGAGGAGAAUGCUCCCCAAGUCCGUGUUUGUGACCGGUGCAUGGCAGAAGUGUCACAAAGGUUGAGUAAUGCCAAGGAAUCCGCUAGCAGGAACGCGAACGCGCAGAGCCAUGAGGACCUCGCUAGGAAGUUACAGGAGGAAAUGGAGAGAAACCGCAAGUCUUCAUCUGGUUCGAGGGAAGGAUCCGGAAGGCGGAUGAAAGAAGUAGCUUGUCCAACAUGCACAGUGCACUUACAGGUCCAAGUUCCAAUCUCAGGAUCAGAGACCAUCGAGUGCGGAGUUUGCCAAAACCCUUUCCUCGUUAGCGCGCAUUGAUCUUCCAACCCACUUUUUUUGCUUGACAUAUACAUAUAUAUCAAUUAAAAUUAUGGGGUUUGGUCAUUUGGUUAUUGAAUUGUGUUGGAUCACACCAAAAUAAGUUCUUGUCCUGUCUCAUGUGGAUGUUGUUUCCCCUUUGUGUGUAUAUGAAAGUCUUUUGAGUGA